AGCAGUAAUGCGAGUUUAUUUCAGAAAUAUUUCAACUUCAUAAAACAAAUUAAGUUCGCAAGAUUGGCCGUAAAGCUUUUUUGAAACAAAUGAAAUGGAAUUUUUUAUAAGGAAACUGAUCUGAUACAGAAAUUAGAAAUGUUUUUCUUGAACUAUUCGUUCUGCAAGUCGUCCUCUUUGUGAAUGAAAAUCAAAAACGUUUGUUGGUUUUAAAUGAGAUGAUGAUAUUAAUAGCAUGUGCAUAUACAUCCUAUGACGAUUUGUACGAUAGCGAGACGAACCAUAAUGGUAAUGCUGUAUCUUAUUUUUUACAGUAUUGGGAAUGUACAUAUAUAUAGAAUCUUCGUCACCAAGAAAAUUAGGGGAACAUGCAAGUCUUUUAUCGCCUGUCCUACCAGCCAACAGGACAAUGUGUUUCGAGUUUUGGUAUUACAUGUUUGGGGAUGGAUCUGGACGAUUGUUCGUAUUUUUACAGAACACGUGUACGAAAAUGGAAACACAGGUGUUUAAGGAGGCAGGGGACAAGGGGGCACAAUGGAAUAAAGCUUCCGUUACAAUAGCCAGAGAUUCUGUUCCAAAUGACUACAGAAUCGUCCUUAUGGCCGACGUCGGAGCAACAUAUCAUGGAAAUACGGCAGUGGACGAUUUAAUCAUACAUGAUGGACCAUGCCAAGGAAGUCACGGAGCACCUAUAGUCGGUUAGAGACGACAAGGGCGAAUAUCUUACUUCAUGUUAUUAAUCAGAAAGUGUCAAUAUUAUAGUUGUUACAAACAUUUUGAAGUCUUUAGUUCUUUGAUAUUUGUAUGUAUUGCAAUUCAAUAAAAUGCACAUAUAACCACUUACAGUAUAAUUUGUUUCUUUUCGGCGAGUUAUAAAAUAUAUAUUAUAUUUUUGUUUGCAAUUUGAAUGCAGUAGAGAGCAGAAAUAAGACAUAAUUGUAUAGUGCCGUAAAAGGUGUUACUUUAUUUUUUGUCAUAGAAGACGAAUAUGAAUUCUUGUAAUAAAAGAAUUAAUAUGAUUUCUUGUCAUAAAAGAUGAAACUUGAUUUUUUGUUGUUGUAAAAACGUAACAAAAUUUUUGUCAUAAAAGAUGUAACAUGGUUUCUUGUCAUAAAGGUCAUCAAUGUAACAUAUUGCAGAGUGCAGAUAAUUAUCUGUCUGUGUUUUUUUGCUUGCUUGAUUUAACUGACGAAAAAUGUUUCAAAGAAAUAUUUAUUCUUUUUGUUAAUAAAGCGUUUGUAAAAUAU